GUGUCGGGUUCGGCGUUUCUAUGUCCUGAAGCGUGAAACCAAAACCAAAGCUGAAAAGGGGACGCAAAGGAAGAGCUCAAUACAUUGCCCUAAAAACCACGAUCGAAGUCGUAGAGCAUUGCGAUUGCGAAUGCGAAUGAAUGCGAAGCAGACAUAGGUCACCCGCUUGUGAAGUCCUUGUCUUCGUGCUUCAAUCGACUCACUGAAAUUAUUGCUUGAAAUCUUAAGAUAUUUAGAAGGCCUGUUUUGUAAUAUUGUGACUUAAAUAAGAGAUGGAGAAUAAUGACGGGGUAGUGGAUGAUGUUGAGAGUGCUUCUAGUGAUUCUUUUAUUGACGACUCAGAUGAUGACGGACCUUCAGUAUCUGCAGAAGAUGAUGGAUUGCAUCUUGAGGCAUCCUUAACCGAGGAAGAAAUAAAUGAGCUAAUUGCUGAACUGUUGGAAGUUGAGAGCAAGGCUGCAGAGGCUCAAGAAUCACUCGAAGAUGAGUCACUAGCAAAAGUGGAGGUUGAAGUUCGGCAAGAAUUGGCGCAGUCUCUUCAGGAAGAUGAUCUUGAGAGGGCUGUUGCUGAUGAAAUGGCAACUUUCAGAGAAGAGUGGGAAGCUGUGCUUGAUGAGCUUGAGAAAGAGAGCGCGCAAUUGUUGGAACAACUUGAAGGCGCUGGUGUUGAACUCCCUAGCCUCUAUAAGUGGAUUGAAAGUCAAGCUCCUAACGGUUGCUCCACUGAAGCAUGGAAAAGAAGGACCCACUGGGUAGGAUCUCAGGUUACCAGUGAUGUGACUGAAUUUGUGUCGGAUGCUGAAAAGUAUCUUCAGACACACAGGCCUGUCAGAAGGCGACAUGGCAAAGUAUUAGAGGAGGGUGCUGGUGGUUAUUUGGGAAACAAACUUUCUGUCGAUGAGAGAAAGGAAGCUAUAAUGGAAAAUUCUGAUGUGGAUUGGUGCUCUUUCAACAAAAUAGUUUCUGGUCAUACAUCUGAGCAGAGUACUUCAUUUGGCAGCAAGCAUUGGGCUUCUGUUUACUUGGCCAGUACUCCUCAGCAAGCGGCAGAAUUGGGGCUCAAAUUUCCUGGAGUUGAUGAGGUGGAGGAGAUUGAUGACAUUGAUGGCGAUUCUAGUGAUCCUUUUGUUGCAGACGCUAUAGCAAAUGAAAGAGAAGCAGAGAAAAAUUUUAGGAAGGUCAAAGAGGAAGAUGACGCAAAUAUUGAUAGGAAGCUUCAGCUUCGUUUGAAACGUAGGAGACACAGAAACAGACACAAACAGGAGGAUAUUCAGAGAGAUAAGCUGAUGGAAGACAAUUCAGAUGGUUUGACAACUGAUGGGGGUAGUGAAGGCGUAAUUGACAAUAAUAGGAAUGAUAUGACAUCCCAGAAUUUAAAGCCAGAUGUAGAUGAAAACAUUGAAAUUUCUGAUGAUAUUGACAAGAGAGAGCCAAUUAGUAAUGGUAGUUCUUUCGUGUUUUCUGAGUCUGCUUUGCCUGAUCUAACUGAACCCAGGGGCUCCAAGCGUUCACAUGACAGUGAGGAACUAGGCACUGAUAGUAAGAAGACUUGCACAGUUAUUAUUGAUAGUGAUGAUGAAGCGCAUAUUAUGGGGGAUAAAUCUACUAUUUGCAUUGAGACUGUAUUGGAUGAUCAAUCUCAUUUGCAAGAAGGAUAUGCAGAUGAUUCUCUCUGUGCUGGUUCUACUCAUUCAAAGAGUUCGACUGAGAAUUUUCACUGCACUGCUUGUGAUAAAGUGGCUGUUGAAGUACAAACACAUCCACUUUUGAAAGUAAUUGUCUGCAGGGAUUGCAAAUGUUUAAUUGAAGAAAAGAUGCGUAUAAAGGAUCCUGAUUGCUUGGAGUGCUAUUGUGGAUGGUGUGGAGGAAACACGGACUUAGUGAGUUGCACGUCAUGUAAAGUGUUAUUCUGUAACACGUGUGUGAAGAGGAAUUUAGGUGAAGAAUGCUUGUUAAAAGCCCAGGUCUCUGGUUGGCAAUGUUGUUGUUGCUCUCCAAAUAUCCUGCAGCCGUUGACUCUACGGUUAGAGAAAGCCAUUGGAUCUGGAGCUCCGAUAGUGUCUAGCUCUGACAGUGAUUCAGAUAAUUCUGAUGCAGAUAUCACUGUUGCUAUCAGCUCCAAAAGAAAACGGAAAAAGAAUAUCCGGAGAAUCAUUGACGAUGCUGAAUUAGGGGAAGAGACUAAAAGGAAAAUUGCAAUUGAAAAGGAACGCCAAGAACACCUCAAGUCUCUGGAAGCACAGUUUUCCAGCAAGGCUGUGUUUACGAGUUCUGUGAACUUCAGUGGCAAUUUACCUGAAGGUUGUAGUGCUGAAGUGCUGGGUGACGCUCUUACGGGUUAUAUAGUGAAUGUUGUGAGGGACAAAGGUGAAGAGGCUGUGAGGAUUCCUCCAAGUAUCUCGGGCAAACUAAAAUCCCAUCAGAUUUCCGGGAUACGAUUUAUGUGGGAGAAUAUCAUCCAGUCAAUUACAAAAGUGAAGGCUGGGGAUAAAGGUCUUGGUUGUAUUCUGGCUCAUACCAUGGGCCUUGGUAAAACUUUUCAGGUCAUAGCUUUCUUGUAUGCUGCCAUGAGAAGUGUGGACCUAGGAUUAAGAACUGCGCUAAUUGUGACGCCAGUGAGUGUCCUGCACAACUGGAGGCAAGAGUUCAUGAAGUGGAGACCAACAGAGUUGAAGCCUCUGCGUGUCUUCAUGCUGGAAGAUGUUUCAAGGGAGAGGAGAACUGAUUUGCUUGCCAAGUGGAGGGCUAAGGGUGGUGUCUUCUUGAUUGGUUAUGCUACUUUUCGAAAUCUUUCCCUUGGAAAACAUGUGAAGGAUCGACAGAUAGCCAGAGAAAUUUGUUAUGCCCUUCAGGAUGGACCUGAUAUACUAGUUUGUGAUGAGGCCCAUAUGAUCAAGAAUACCAGGGCUGAUACAACCCAAGCCUUGAAACAAGUAAAAUGUCAAAGAAGGAUUGCACUAACUGGAUCACCCCUUCAGAACAACCUCAUGGAAUAUUAUUGUAUGGUUGAUUUUGUAAGAGAAGGAUUUCUUGGCAGCAGCCAUGAAUUUAGAAACCGCUUCCAAAAUCCCAUAGAGAAUGGGCAACAUACCAAUUCUACAUCUGAGGAUGUGAAAAUUAUGAACCAAAGAUCUCAUAUCCUCUAUGAACAGUUGAAAGGAUUUGUCCAGAGAAUGGAUAUGAGUGUGGUAAAGAAGGAUUUGCCCCCUAAAACAGUCUUCGUAAUAGCUGUAAAGCUUUCUUCCUUGCAAAGGAAGUUGUACAAGAGAUUCCUUGAUGUCCAUGGGUUCACAAAAGACAAGGUUUCUGGUGAAACGAUACGAAAGAGAAGCUUUUUUGCUGGCUACCAGGCUUUAGCUCAGAUAUGGAACCAUCCGGGGAUUUUGCAACUGAUGAAAGACGAGAAAGAUUAUGUGAAACGUGGAGAUGUGGUUGAGAAUUUUCUUGCAGAUGAUAGCUCUAGUGAUGAGAACAUAGAUUGUAACAUGAUUUCAGGAGAGAAUCCAAAGAACAAGAACGGGUUUCUGCAGAGAAAAAAUGAUAGUUCCUUUUUUAAUCAGGAUUGGUGGAAUGAUCUUCUUCGGGAAAAUAACUACAAAGAUGUUGACAACAGUGGCAAAAUGGUUUUGCUGCUUGAUAUACUUACUAUGAGCUCUGCUGUGGGUGAUAAAGCAUUGGUUUUUAGCCAGAGUUUGUCAACUUUAGAUUUGAUAGAACUUUAUCUUUCAAAAUUAACUCGACAUGGGAAAAAAGGGAAAUGUUGGAAACGAGGAAAAGACUGGUAUAGGCUAGAUGGAAGAACAGAGGGUUCUGAAAGGCAAAAACUGGUUGAGAGGUUUAAUGAGCCCUCAAAUAAAAGGGUGAAAUGCACUCUUAUAUCAACUAGAGCUGGAUCUCUGGGUAUCAAUCUUUAUGCUGCCAACCGUGUAAUUAUUGUCGAUGGUUCUUGGAAUCCAACAUAUGAUCUUCAGGCUAUAUAUCGGGUUUGGAGGUAUGGCCAAAUGAAGCCUGUGUUUGCUUACCGAUUGAUGGCUCAUGGAACAAUGGAAGAAAAGAUUUACAAGCGUCAGGUGACAAAAGAGGGGCUUGCAGCGAGGGUAGUCGACAGACAGCAAAUACACAGAACAAUUUCUAAAGAAGAGAUGUUACAUCUCUUUGAUUUUGGUGAUGAUGAAAAUCCUGAUUCUUUGCCUGGCCUUGUAGAAGAGAAUGGACACGCAACCAAACAAAGUUUGACUGGCCAAGUUGGAAGUUUUCUAAAGCAGAAAAUGCCUCUUCCUCAUGGAAGUUUUUCUUCUGACAAGUUAAUGGAGAGUUUACUGGGCAGACAUUACCCAAGAUGGAUUGCAAAUUACCACGAGCAUGAGACCCUUCUGCAAGAGAACGAAGAGGAGAAGCUAUCAAAAGAGGAACAAGACAUGGCGUGGGAAGUAUACAGGAGAAGUCUAGAAUGGGAGGAAGUGCAGCGAGUCCCACUUGACGAAUCUGCAUUCGAGCUCAAGCCAGCAGUUCCAAAUAUACCCCCUCCCGUUCCAGACAGCAGUAAAACCACACAACCACCUAAGGGCAGUUUGAGAAAUCGUUUGGUGCAACGUAAAUGCACGAAUCUAUCACACUUGUUAACGCUCAGGAGUCAGGGCACGAAAGUCGGUUGCUGUACUGUAUGUGGGGAAUGUGCUCAGGAGAUAAGCUGGGAAGAGUUGAAUAGAGAAGGCAAAUCGGUAAGGUGAAGUGGUCGGUUGUCCGAGAACAAUGCAAUCAAUUUUGUUGAUGUUUGUUGUAAUGUGAUCGGACCCUUUUUUUGUAAAGGGGCUGUUGUAAGUAAAAGUUACUAAAUGAACAAACUAUACAUUCUUUUUGACGGGUAUAAGUUGUAAAAAAACUCCCAUGUUCUUACUUGAAUUGUAUCUUUGCUAUAGGUUCACACUUUUGUGUUCGGUGUCCGUAGUUGUAAAAGUCCUGCUUAUAGGAGUUGUGUCUUGUAAAUUUUAAGAAUUUAAAUUUUCCAUAUUUUAAUGAUAUGGUAUGGAAAGAAAUAUUCAGCAUCAUUUAUUUAA